AUGAAUCUUGUUCUGAACUGGGAUAAAUUCCACUUUAUGGUUGAAGAAGGAAUUGUACUGGGUCAUAAAAUAUCGAAGGCAGGGUUAGAAGUUGAUCAGGCAAAAAUCGACGCAAUUUCCAAGCUAUCCCCACCAGUGAACAUGAAAACACUUAGGAUCUUUCUGGGACACGCUGGGUUUUAUCAAAGAUUUAUUCGCAACUUCUCUCAGAUCGCAAGGCCCCUGAGUGCGCUCCUUGAAGCUGACCGUGAGUAUGAUUUUGAUGAUGCAUGCACUAAAGCAUUCAACACAUUGAAAGAUGCGCUCAUCACCGCACUCAUUCUGAUUGCGUCUGAUUGGACACAACCGUUUGCGUGA